AUGCCGCAAAAGCAUUUCUCAUUCUGGGCCAUGCUAAAAUAUGAAGGGAAACAGUUUUGUUUAAAUACGGCCCUGCAUGGUUACCGGUUUAUUGUUCUCCCUAAACGAAUAUUACUCGAACGGGUUUUUUGGACGACUAUUGUCACGAUUUCGCUGAUUUCGGCCGUGGUUUUGUUGCUACUGGCUUGGAUUAACUUCCAAGAGAACCCGACUUUGCUGGUCACAGACUCGACUCAUUAUCCGAUUUGGAAUUACCCAUUUCCUGCAGUGACCAUCUGCAGCUUUAAUAAAAUUUUAAAACGCCGGGCUGUGGCUUUAGCCGAAGAAUUGGACAAAGCAUACUGUAUCACGACAGAGGAACUGGCAAAUGAUCUCCGAAUCGUGUUUCAAUUGAUUUACAAUAACAACAAAAACAUCCCCCAGAGGAAUUACUCCCGGCUUCAGGACAUUCUAGAUUACAACGAGUACCCAAUUGAGGACGUGAUGAAAUACCUCGCUCCCAAAUGCAGCGAACUCUUGCAGCGGUGCAAGUGGAAAGGCGAGGAAAAACGGUGCGAAAGCCUCUUCGAACCGAUCAAAACCACCGAAGGCUACUGCUGCGCCUUCAACUACUACGCCCUCAAAAACCACACUUUCGGGGGAGCUUUAGCUAACAAAAUCCCCGCGUACCCCCGACGAGUCUCAGCUUGCGGCUACUUGACGGCCCUCGAGGUCCUGGUCAAUAGCUACCCUGCCGAUUACUUCGGCACCCAAAUCGCCGCAAUCGGGCACAGAGUGCUCAUCCACAACUCGUACGUGUACCCCGACUGGGGCAUCCAGAACCUCCUGACGGAGAAGGGGAUCAUCAACUUGAUCGGGGUCACCCCCUCGAAGACAUACUCCACUGAGAGCAUUCGGGGGAUAGAUGUCUCCAAGAGGAAGUGUCUCUUCAAUAAUGAAUCGCAGCUCCACAAUUUCGUUCAUUAUAAUUUCCAAAAUUGCAUAAUCGAGUGCAGGAUGAAUCUGAGUCGGCAGUAUUGUGGUUGUAUCCCGUUUUAUUACCAACACGAAACCGGGACCUACCCCAAAACGCGCACUUGCAAUUUGAGGGACGUUCAGUGCUUGACCGACCACAGAAAGCUGCUGAUGAGUUCAGUGCCGGGGUACGACUUUUCCCGCAUUGGACCCGACCACAAAUGGGGCACCGAGCAGCAAAUUUGCCGAAAAUGCCUCCCGGACUGCGAUUACGUCGAAUAUGCGGGCGAAGCCUCGUCUGGAGUCUUCACAAGGGAGUAUUCCAGCAAUCAACUGAAUUUAUACGGGGGAAUAGUAAUUAAGGAUCAAAGCGUAGUCCGGGUUUAUUUCAACGAUUUGGUGGCAACGAAAAACAGGAGAGACGUUAUUUUCAGCUGGCACACGCUCCUCGCGUUUUAUGGCGGCUUGUUGGGGCUUUUCACCGGAUUCAGUUUUGUUUCGGCCAUAGAACUGGUUUAUUUCUUCACAAUACGGUUGCUUAUCGAUGUGAGACAAAAGAAUGAGAUUGCGAGGAAAAAAAAGGAGCGCUUCGUGCAGGUUAAGCCCCACAGUGACGAAAUUCUCAACCCGAAACAUCUACCCACGAAUUAUAACAGAUUCAAUCUGAGGCGAAGGAGCAACUCGAACUCGUAGAAAUUUUUUUUUUAAUUUAUUAUUUAUAUUUAUUUAAAAAUUCAGCAAAGAAGUCACGAACUAUCAGUCCGUAUUUCUAACUUAAGGCACUGUAAAAAAAUUUUUUUGGCUUGCCUUGUCCUCACUGUUACAUAAAUACAGCAAUAUUCUCAAAACUUAGGCGGGCUAGGAACUGGGUAUUUAGGUAUCCAUCUGAUAUAGAACGCAAAAAAAACAAUAAAACGCUUUACCAACUCGUUUAGUUUCCAAAAACGUAAAAAACAAUUUCUGAAACUUUCUGACAUUGCUAAUCAGGACAGAAAAAAUAAAUAAAUAAUACUCCAAUAAAGCAAAAACGUGGCCCUCUUCAACGAAAUAUCAGUGCUGCCAUCUAUCCGUGUAGCGUCACAAAACCCCUUCUUAAUGCUUAUUGUUGAGGUGUUUUUUCAAAUUGCCCUUCCAGGCCGUGCUGAAACUACAGUGGGGGCACUUGUAGGGCAAUUCGCCCCCCGUGUGUGUAAAAGUAUGCGCCUCAAGCCCUCUCCUAUCGGUAAAACUAGCCUCGCACAAAUUACACUUAUAGCACCUAGUUGCGUGUCCACACUCAUCAUCAUCACACUCUGUGCAUUUUUCGGGCAAAUGUCUCGUCUCCUUAUGCUGUUUUAAAUACGACUUGGUCAAAUAGCCUUUGCCACACUCGUCACACUUAUGUGGAAGCUCUUUUCCCGUAUGUGUGAUCAUGUGUAACUUUAACUGGUAUUUUUCCGCAAACGGUUUGUUGCAGAUUUGGCACAAAUGUGGCGAUUUGCCCUUGUGAGUGAAUAAGUGUCGGUCCAAGGCCCGUUUACGCAAAGUGGUGUAGGUGCAAAAAUCACACUUGUAUUCUUUCACGCUCAACAUGUUUUUGUCGUGUUUUUGUUUGUGGGUGUUAAGUAAGUCUAAUCUGUAGGCUUUGUAUUCGCAUAAGUCGCACGUGUAGCUGCGUUUUAACGAACUGUUAUCGCUUUUAGAUCUGCAAACAAGUGGCAUAAUACGAAAAUAAUUUAUGGUGUGUGUAUAAAGUUUACUUUUUUGUACCACUUGAAUGACUCCUCUUACGUGAUUUUCCUAACUCUGGGUUUUCCGGUUUUAUCACUGUGUUGUUUAGGUAACUGCCUUGUAAUUGCAAAUGCCACAUAAGAAAUAAAAAAUAUGUUAUACAAACCUGCUGUCUUGCACCGAAGUUAAAUAACCUUCCGGUACUUUAAAAUCGCCCAAGUCCUUGCUUCCCGCCAGAUUGUGCGUUAUAAUGUUUCUCAAACUAAUUUUUUUGCCCAGUUUAAUGUCGUACUGUUGCAAGUAAUCGUAAAUGCGUUCCUCUGUCUUCAAGCAAGUGUCUUUGAAAAGGUAAGCCCGUCUCAAGGAGUCGGAACAUUGAACGCACAUCACUACUUCACCCUCGAAUAAGUCCAGGUCCUAGAAUUCGUUCUGUGGUCGAUUUUUGUACCAAAAGCCACAAAUAACCUACCAUUUCGGGCAUAAAUAACUCCAACAUGUCUUUGAUCGUCAUUUGAUUUGUCUCGACCAAAUUGUAAAUCUGGACACAAUUCGUGGAGGAAAGAUUGGUUUUGAGGCAAGUUCUACAAAUUAACUGCUCCAUUUUAUUAACUCUG